GCCAGUUGCAAUGGCGUGAAAACACCCCCCAAAAAAAUCACCAUAAAUGAUCAUCUCGCCCAAUAAAAACAUAUCGUGUUCACGCGUUACAAGUGCACGGGUUUCAGUGGUUAUUAUGACUGAAAGUGAGAGCAAAAACUAGAUAAAAAUCUGCGGUGAACGGUCAUCGACCAAGUUCAGGGUGACGCAGUGCGCAUGCGCGGAGCCGUUCUGGAUAUUUCCUCACGUGGGGAGUCUCUCCUUCAGUGUGUCAGCUCCACGCCGACCCUACACCUCCGUCUCCCUCUCUCUCUCUCUCACACACACACGCAGACAUGGCCUUUAGAAAAUUCCUGCCCAUGUUCGACCGGGUGCUUGUGGAGCGCUUGGCGGCAGAGACGGUGACGAAGGGUGGCAUCAUGCUGCCAGAGAAGUCGCAGGGCAAAGUGCUGCAGGCCACAGUGGUGGCAGUAGGACCCGGCUCAGUCAAUCAGGAUUUCUACAACUGGCCGGAUGAAUCAUUUGAGGAGAUGGACAGCACCCUGGCUGUCCAACAGUACAUUCAGCAGAACAUUCGGUCGGACUGCUCCAACAUCGACAAGAUCCUGGAGCCUCCAGAGGGCCAGGACGAGGGCGUGUGGAAGUACGAGCACCUCAGGCAGUUCUGCCUGGAGCUCAAUGGAUUAGCAGUUAAAUUGCAAAGUGAGUGCCACCCAGACACCUGCACCCAGAUGACAGCCACAGAGCAGUGGAUCUUUCUAUGUGCUGCCCACAAGACGCCCAAAGAGUGCCCUGCCAUCGACUACACCAGGCACACGCUGGACGGAGCUGCCUGCCUUCUCAACAGCAACAAAUACUUCCCCAGCAGGGUUAGCAUCAAGGAGUCGUCGGUGGCCAAGCUAGGCUCUGUCUGCCGUCGUAUCUAUAGGAUAUUCUCUCACGCUUACUUCCAUCACCGUCAGAUAUUUGAUAAGUAUGAGAAUGAAACGUUCCUGUGUCACCGGUUCACACGUUUCGUAAUGAAGUACAACCUGAUGUCCAAGGACAACCUGAUCGUCCCCAUUCUGGAAGAGGAAGUGCAGAACACCUCAUCGGCUGGGGAGAGCGAGGCCUAAGAUACAACUGCUGCCAUAAGGGAGACACGUGCACGCACACACACAAACAACACGCACACGCACACACUCACAUUGAAAUGAAAUUUUACACACACUACAGAGGAGAUUCAUUCAAGUUACCGGCAUUCAAACACCUCCACAUACAGCACACACACUCAAACACACUACAGUGUAUUAUGGCUCCUGUCCAGCAGCGCUGUUUAUGUCCCUCCUCCUUAGUCACCUGUGUGUGUCUCAAAGGACGUAAGGUUUUAGGUUAUUGGGUUCAGAGUCCAGCCAUGCCUGCAAAGGGAUGAGAUGGGAUUUUCCACUUUUGCAGCCUUCUCUGUCCACUGAGAUUCACACUCGUGUCUACGCCACAGGGCAGAUGCAGUCGUCUCUGGAUUCAGCCGUGCUCUCACACUACUCCUGUAGGGAAAUAUUUGCUUUAAUCUUUUGAGCAGCUGGAUUUGCAAACCUAUGUAAUCAUGGUGAUCUGUGUUGUUGACAAAAGGCACACACUGACAGCCGCCCCCCCCUCUUGUAUAUAACCCCACCUCCCUGUCUUUUAAUUCACUAUCAUGUUUUCUGAUGGUGCUUCACUUUUUCUGUUUCUCUGUCUUCCCUGUUGCUUCUGUUUUCUAUCUGCUUGUGUUGCUUACCAGCUGGUUUGGGGGUAUCCCAUGGAAUGGAUCACUAAAUUAGCCUGCUGACUUCAAAAUGCUAUAAAAAAAAACACAUAACAUAGACGUGGCUUGUGUAGUAGUGAUCAAAGAAACUUAAAACCUAGCUUUUGUAAGUGUACUAGCAGUAAGUUAUGCUAUUUCUCUCUCUAUAUGGCCUCUGAAAUGUUAUUUCAGAAUAUUUAGGAAGGUUUGUUGGCUAACUCUCUGAUCCUGCUUUGUGACAUGCCCCCAUUUUAAUACUAUGUAAAAUGUUUCUGAUGUUCCCUUUUCCUUGAUGUAAUAUUAACUGAUGUAACAUGACCUGAUUGGCAAAAGCUGCACUGCUCAAAGCCAGUUUUUCCUGGUUCAAAGUGUUUCAGAAAAGAAAAUACUGCAAGGAAGGGUGGAACAUAGGCUACAUUUUCAGUGUUGGAGCACAACCUCCUUUUUCCUCUUACCCUCCCCCUCAUUAAGUUAUUUUGUGGGAGGAGUCUUGUCUAUCCGACCCACUUUUUAUUUUUUUAAAUGGACUAAAAAUUUUGUUACUGUCGACAUUUUCAUGAUGUCUGUUAAUAAAAAAAAAUAAUCUGUUACCCAG